AUGUCAGAGGCGGCGCCGGCCGCUGCUUCCGAUCCGCCCACCUCCAUCGCCUCUCCCGCCUCGCUUCCGGCGGAGGCGAUUCGCCCCGCGCGCCGAUUCUCCAAGGCGCCCGACUUCUGGCUGCUCACGCCGCUCCUCUAUGCACCGCUCCUACCCCUCAGGUCUGACCGUCUCCCCUCCUAUGUCUGCAGUUCCUCCUCCCUCUCUCCCACCGUAUCCCAUCCCUCUGCACUCCCAUGCCAUCCCUCACCUACCCAUGCCGCCCUGCCUGCCCUGUCCGUCCUGCCAGUCCGCAUAUCGCUGCGCCACAAGCCGCAGCUGAGGGAUCGCCUCUUUGCCGCUGCCGUAGGGGGAGCGUUCAUGCACGGCGCGUGGUUGAGGGCGAUCAGUCUUGCUCCUGUUUUCCCAUGUUUCGCCUCUGCUGCUCAUGCGUCCUCCGUGCACCUCUCACCUGCCCCUCCGCUUCCCCUGUCCUCCUCCCAACCCCCACCGACACUCCUUUCCUGGCUGGCAGCCAUCGCUUGUACAACGCGGAGAGCUACACUCAAGCACACAACAGAUAGCCACUCGUGCACCCGCCUCUGGCAACCGCCCCUGCAAUGCAACCACGCCCUGCUCCCUCCUGCACGCCAUCUGCCUGAACCAGUGCUGCACUGCAGAUUGAGGUCUUGUGACUCGUGA